AUGAAAGCAUAUGCAAUUGCACUUAUAAGCUGUGGCUCUGUGGCAGCAGCUCUAGUUUUGAUUUUGUUUUAUAUUUGUAAAAAUGGCAGAAAGAAAAAGAGUCAUCCUGUCACUAGGAAUGUUACUGGUGGUUCUCCGGCUCCUCCUCCUCCUCCUCCGCGGCCUAUACAAGUGAACCGUGAUGUUGAGAAGGGAGAUAUUAAACACAAGAACAACACAACAGUAAGAGAUGGUGGAAUGGUUAUUCUAGGUACUGCUGCUGCAACAGUUGCUGCCACUGCGGCUGUUACAACUAGUGAUAGUUACACUGGAGGAGGUGGUGAUGGCGGAGGAACGAGUAGUGGAGGAUAUGGAGGUGGUGGUGAAGGAGGGACAAGUGGUGGAGGAGCUGGUGGUGGUGGUGGUGGUGGUGGUGAAGGGGGAACGAGUGGUGGGGGAUGCGGCGGAUUUUGA